AUGGUCAGAGCUACAGGUGAUCACACCACACUCUGCCUGUACUUGAUGCUUUCAUGCUGUUCCCGAUGGCUUCUCACCUUGCAAGGACACCGCCAGUUGAUUACCGCUGUGGUUUUUGGAAAUCAAACAGACCCACUUCAACUCUGCUCUGCAUCCCAGGACUGUAUUAUAAUGUGGAACGUGGACGAAUGUAGAGAGAAGACACUUGAAGGGCUGACUCCUCGAGGGACUAUCCUGGGCUCUCCUUUACAAACAGUGCUGUGUUUGAGAUUUAGUCUGGACGACCGUGCUGUGGCUGUGUGUGCUGGAAACAAAGUAUCCGUGAUGGAUGUGGAGGAGCAGUCUGUGAUGGUGGAGCUGCAGGGCCAUCAAGGCUCAGUGACAGCAGUAGAGUUCUGUCCCUGGCGAGCACACACCCUGAUCUCCGUGUCUGAAGACAGAAGCUUUAAGGUCUGGGACUAUUGUGAGGGAUCCUUGAUAUACAGCUCAUCCAUUUUAACAGCUUACCCUCUCCUGAGUUUGCUUAUCAAUGAAGAAAACCAGCAGCUGGUCACUGGCAGCGCUGAUGGCCAGCUGUGGAUCUUCAGCCUGACGGACGGACAUCACUACCACCGCGUGGCUCACGUGGACCUCAAGAAGAAGAGCGAGACUUUCUCCACCCGAAGAGCGGUGGCUGGGCAGCACUGCCGUCUACCAGAAGGCAGCCGGUACCACUCCAGCCAUGAGGUGGAUAAAAAGGAAGAAGCUGAAGCAACAUUCCCGGUCCUGAGCCUGGCACACCUCUGCCUGCAGGAUUCCCAGUGUGGAGUUUUUUCUCCUGAGGGCACCAAAUGCCUGUGGAUUGGAAGCUCGACGGCUUUAUUCAUAAUUAACCUGGCGAGCGUCGAAUUGGAAGCUGCUUUACAUUUCAAGGAAUUCCAGAGCCUGAGCGUUCAAGUUGCUGGAUCCUGUGCAAUCAUGAGUGAGGCCACGGGUCCCAAGGCAUUUUGCAUCCUUGCAUCUAUGUUUGGAAAUAAGAUUGCCGUGUUAGAAAUCAGUCUGGCUGCUCUGCUGAGCUCUCAGAGGUGCCCUGGUGCCGGAAGGACGCUUUCCGUGCUGGCAAGCUCCUGCGUCCUUCCAACUUCUCCACUGUGCUUUGGAGUUACUAAGGAAAACUCUCCUAAGCCUGCUAACGCCAAAAGACACGCUGUGAGGAGUGUCAUGGAGGACCGGCCCCUGGUUUUCCACACUAAAAUUAGGUCGUCUGGCUAUACAUCGGCACCACAUGUGACUAUGUUUUCCCCCAAAACGAACAUCAAGCAUAAAAGCAAAAGAGCUUCAAAAUACAAGAACAAUUACAAAUGUAAGGAGUAUUCUUUGGAGAGUUUCCUACCCAGGAAUCUCAGCAGGCAGGUUGCUGUGGCCCAGGAGCCUGUUGCUGUGAGCUGUCUGCAAUUCUCAGGGGAUGGACAGCGAUUGGCCUGUGGCUUAGCUAACCACCUUUGCCUGGUCUUUGACGCUAGCCUGUCUGGAACCCCUGCCGCUUUUUCAGGUCACGAUGGAGCUGUGAGCACCGUCUGCUGGAGCCAUGACAAGAGGUGGCUGCUGUCUACAGGCCGGGACCAGACACUGAGGGUGUGGUCGGUUCCCAGGACAGAACCCAUGAUGCUUUUGGGUUCAGAUUCUUUCCCCAAGCCGAUAACAUGUGCACAGUUCUACUACAUGGACACUUUCAUACUGCUGUCUUGUGGCCCCGAAUUCCGGCUGCUAAAGUACCACAUCGACCUCUGUAGGGAUGACAUACGAAGGUAUAAACCGAAAAGCAGGUACAAGCCUAUUUUCCGGCUCCCGUUGAGCAGCGGAGCAGACAUGACCACCGUGUCUGCCGUGAACGACUUCUACUCCUAUAUCAUACUCGCAGCUGGUCGGGACCGGAGUGUGGAAGUUUUUGACCUUAAUGCUGGCCGCAGCACUGCAGUGAUAGCUGAAGUCCAUUCAAGGCCUGCUCAUCAAAUCUGUCAAAAUAAAGGAUCAUCAUAUACCACUCAGAAGUCUCUGGCAUAUAAUCUUUUCCUGACCACAGCUGUCGGUGAUGGCGUCCGACUGUGGGACCUGAGGACUCUGAGGUGUGUUCGCCGCUUCGAAGGGCACCCAGACCGCUGUUACCCGUGUGGAGUUGCUUUUAGUCCUUGUGGAAGGCUUGUAGGCUGUGGUGCAGAGGACAGACAUGCGUAUGUGUAUGAAAUGGGCUCCAGCAGCUUUCUGUAUCGCCUGGCAGGACACACAGAUACAGUUACUGAAGUGGCCUUCAACCCGGCAUCUCCUCAGCUCGUCUCUGCCACCUUGGAUGGGAAACUUCAGCUGUUUGUGGUUGAGUGACUGCUGACCUGCUGGUAAGAAUACGG